AAGGAAGUGGGCCACAUCCCUGCAAGACUGCUGACGCUCGCUUUAAGAGUCAUCUGGCAGAAAGAGAGAAUGUUCCUCGGAGGCCUUUGUGUCCUGCUGCUCCUGGUUUUGUCCAGUUUGGAUGUGCACUGCGAAAGUCACGGUUCUGGCCAUCAGGACGAGCUGAGGAUGGUUUUGGUCGGGAAAACCGGUUCUGGCAAGAGCGCCAGUGGCAACACCAUUCUGGGACAUGAAGUCUUCAAACGAGAUAUCUCCCCGGAAUCAGUGACCCAAGACUGCGCCAGAGGAGAGGCUCACCUGGAUGGCGUCGACCUCGUCGUCCUGGACACACCAGGAUUGUUUGACACCAACAAAACCGACGACCACUUGAAAUCCACAAUUGAGAGAUGCAUAGACCUGUCCGUCCCUGGUCCUCACGCGUUCCUACUGGUCAUCAGCCUCAAGUCUAGACACACUCAGGAGGAGAGGGAGGCGGUUGAGUGGAUUCAGGACAACUUUGGCGAUGAUGCUGACAUGUAUACCAUCGUCCUCUUCACGCACGGCGAUUUGCUUGAUGGUAAGACUGUGGAGGAUUUUGUGAGGGAGAGCAAGGAGCUACGAGGACUGAUCAACCGCUGUGGAGGUCGAUAUCACGCGCUCAUCAACAACAAGAGGAGCAACAAGGGGCAGGUGAAGGCACUCCUGAGGAAGAUAGAGGGCAUGGUGGAGGAAAACGGUGGACAACACUAUACCAAUGACAUGUACAAAAAAGCACAGGAAAGACUGGAAGAGAGAGAGAGAAGGAGAAAGAAAGAGGAAGAGCGAAGAAAGAAGGAGGAGGAAGAAAGAAUAAGGAAGCAAGGAGAGAAAAUUGCUUACUGCAAACUUGCAGCUACCCUGGCAGCAGCGGGUUUGGCUGGCGGUGCGUACAUGGGCUCAUAUGUUCUGAUGGGAGCAGCUUCUAUUCUGGGGCUGACUCAAGGUUACGAUUGCACAGAUGUGUUUUUUUAGCUCAUCCUGAGAGUCUGCUCUGUGGUUUUGUGGGGAACUAUCGUGAUCUGAGUUUUCUCUGGGAAUUUAUUUGCACUGGAGUUGUUUUAGUGUAAGAUGCCCUUCUACUUCCAUUUGUCAUCAUGGGACGAAGAAGCAGGAUUUUAGCUAAGAGGGCGUUUGGGCGUCUGCAAAACAUGAAAUAAUGGACGACCGAUUCUCAACCGUAUCUUGGCCACCAGAUGCCGCCAUAUACCAGCGCAAUCUGGUCGUCCACGCAGACGCCCAGACGCCCUCCUUGCCUCCUGUGAAGAAGCCUUGGAGGGGGAGUCACUGCAGGACUGCGGUGGAGGCGAUGGUGUGGUGAAGCAGGUACAAAGUGCCUCUCAGCUUUGACAACCCCCUCCUACACCCUGUGUGACGGAGGACACCGUCUGUCAUGGACUCAGGGAAUAAGAUUUGACAACAAUGUAGCAGUUUAAAGUUUACUGCCCGCCCCUGUCAGAUCUACUGGAUCAGCACAAGAAGCUUUGUUUGUUUGUCGGACUUUUUUGAUCUAACUGUAAAAUGCUAUUGAACAUUCCACUUCAAUAAAGUCUA